GGGUUAGGUAAAUACCUCUGACCGAUAUGAAAGUGUCCUUCCUGUAAACACAACAAUGAAUGUAGACAUUUUAAGAGUCGCCAGUCGUCUUUAUAGAUGUGGGAUGUUUGAAAAUGAGUCAACAGAUGCAGAGGGGUGGCCCUUCAUCUCCCAGCUGUUCCUCCACCUCUGACCGCUUCCCUCUGAGCCACCUCAACACAGCUGAAUGUGGAAGUGAGACCUCAGCUGAACCGGAGAAACACGAAGUGAGAGCAAAUAACGCUCCUACAGAUCUCUCCAGGAUGAAGUCCAUCAUUAUGUUCUACGUAUGCUACCUGCUGUGCCUAUGCCUGGGCCUGGCCUGCGUGGUGUGUGUGUGUUUGUGGAACAGCCGGUGGCGUGGCGGGUUCGCCUGGGACGGCUCGACGUUGCAGUUCAACUGGCACCCCGUCCUGAUGGUCACAGGACUGGUGGUGGUGUACGGCAUCGGGGCUGUGUUGUACCGCAUCCCCCUGACCUGGGGUCAGAAUAAACUCCCCUGGAAGCUCCUUCAUGCGUUACUGAUGCUCAUCGCCUUGGUCCUGUCAAUUGUGGGACUUUGUGCUGUGUUUGACUUCCACAAUGCCAAAAGCACCCCCAACCUCUACUCCUUGCACAGCUGGAUUGGAAUUGCUGCUACGGCUCUUUUCGCCAUGCAGUGGGUGGUAGGAGUGGCUGGCUUCCUCCUGCCCUGCUCCCCUACAUCACUACGUAAACUCCUGAAACCUGUUCAUGUGUGGCUGGGAGGUAGCAUACUGUUGCUUAGUAUCGCUGCCUGCAUCUCCGGAAUCAAUGAGAAGCUCUUCUUUGUUCUUAAAGGAAACGCUAGUGGUACAGAGCCGUACGGCAGCCUUCCACCUGAGGCUUUGUUGGGGAAUUCAUUAGGAGUUUUGAUUGUAGCCUUUGGUUUGGUCGUCCUAAAGAUUUUGUCCAACCAUAAAUGGCAGCGACCGGACUCUCGGCCUGAGGACUUGGCUUACACGCCGUUGCUUCAAGAAGAAAAUGAAUGAAUGGAGGAAAUUUCAAACUUGCUGACCACGUCAAACCCAGCCAUGCAAAGUUAGCCACAAGAGGCAGGGAAAUGGAAAUUUCUUCUCUGAAUGUAAAAGCAGCUGCCUGGAGUGCGAAUUAUCUGUCUGUAAAUAUUUAUUUGAAAUUGUAUUUAAGAUGUGUGACUUUGCUCAAAGAAUUAAAUUUCCUCUCUUGCCAUAGUCGUUUGUGACAGUAUACUUUGGUUGGCACAGUUUGUCGAUAGCCGGACCAUAAAACUCCUUUAUCAUCUAAAAUCUCCAACAUCGACUUCAAUGUGACAAGGCUUUUCUGUGAAAAUGAAAGGUCUUGUAAAUUAAAAUGUAAUGAACGGAGCACUAACAGUGAAAAGAGCAUUACAAAUUUUUUGGUUUUUGGUUCUGACCGAAUAUUGUCUACUGCAGAACACACCUGGUGAACAGGUACAUGUUAGAAUGAACUCUUGCACUGCAUCAGCUCUAAGUUUAUGUUCAUGUUCCAUGGAUGUGGAGAUACAUAGCCUUGAAUGUUAUUGUCUCAGGUGUUGUAAUUCUUUUUAGCCAUGCUAAUGGUGUGGCUCUGAGAAUGUCGGCCCAUUGCUUUAUCCAGACUGGACCCAUUCAUGGUUCCCUGGCAUGUCCCAUGCUUUCUAAUGAUUUUGUUGAGCCCCUGACCUUUACUCGAGUACCACCAGCAGUUUGUCGUUUCUGGUUCAGAAUGAAAUACCUGGCAAACUACUGGAUGGAUUACCAUAUAAUUUAGUACAGACAAUUAUGAUCCCCAGAGGAUGAACUGUAAAAAUGUUGAAACCCUGACCUUUAAUCUUGCACCGUCAUCAGGUCAACUUUGCCAUGACUAAAUACCUGCAGCCAUUCUCAUGAGCCUCAGCUGCAUUUGUGUUUAGUGCUAAUUAGCAAAUGUUAGCACAUCAGCAUUAAACUUUGCUAAGAUGGGAAACAUUAUACUCUACCUUCUAAACAUGAACAUGCUAGCAUUGUAAUAGGCAUGUUAGCAUGCUGAUGUGAACAAGCACUUUUGGAUUCAUUCUGACACCAUCAUGAAUCAGUAGUAAACCAAUAUGUGUUGUUGUUAUUGGUCUGGUUUGAAUUUGCAAUUGGACUUAAAUGUUAAAUGUUACACAGAUUUAGAAACUCUAAAUUGAGGUUUCCUCACAUAAUUCUGUAUUCUACAAAUCGCCCUGUGUUGAACGAACAGCCGCUGAAAAAUUCUUACCGUCUUCUUUUCAAAAGGACUCAGGUUAUAUUUGCACUUUGAUUAAUAAAUCAUCUGAUGUCCACAUAGAAGAAUCUGUCAAAAUGCCUCUCAUCAGAUUUGGGGACAUCUGCUGAAAGUCAGCUUUUAUCUUCUAACUAUAAUGAAAGCAAAUAAUCUGAUCUCAAAAGCCAACAAUCCUGUUUCACUUACUGAGCGCUGUGUGUGAAAUGGCUUUUUUACUUUGACAUACUAUGGAAGGAUUUUCAGUUUAAAGCUUUAAUGUUUGCUGCAGGCUUCUGUUGACAACUCAAACUAUGAUACAGCUGAUAUCCACUCAAGACUCCUUGUAAUGUUUCCCUCAUCUAUGAGAGGUAAUCUAGCUCUAAACUCAAAAAAUAACAAUGCAGAAUGUGAACCGAGAGUGUGGCCACAGGUGUGACUGACUGAUUCCCUUCUAAGAUACUUCUUGGUCCAACGCAGACAGACUGUCCAGCUGUUACAUUUGACCAUAACAACAAAUUAUUGCUGAAGUACUUUGUUUGCCAAAACCACAAAACACAGAAGUAUAGAAAAACCUAGAGGAAGUCUGCAGUGAAAGCGUACACAGCAGGGCUCA